AGUAGUUACGCGCCACGGGCGGGGUUUGUGAUUGGUUGCCGUGGUGUCACGUGCUGUGAAGUCACGUGCUGGUGCUGAUGGAGGGGCCGGAACGCGCGGGGCCGAGGCCGCUCCGCCUCCCGCUCAGCCGCCUCAAAGGCCUCAUCAAAGCGGAUCCCGAGGUGUCGCUCGCCAGUCAGGAGGCCGUGUUCGCUAUCGGCAAAGCGGCGGAGCUGUUUGUUGAGAUGAUCGCGAGGGAUGCGUACUUUUAUGCUUUGCAGGGAAAGCGUAAAACUCUUCAGAGAAAGGAUUUAGAUAAUGCAGUUGAUGCUACAGAUGAGUUUGCAUUUCUGGAAGGAACUUUGGACUGAAAUGUACAUCAAGACAUCUCAAGGCUGGAGUGACUGCCUGGACUGAGAGAACAGCCCACUUUGUUCAGAGAUCUCACUGUAACCAAGAAUGGACUAUGGGGUGAGAAGUGUGAUUGUGACUGUCACAUUGUGGUAUGUUGUACUUCCAGAUGGUAUCUAAGUGAUAACUGCCACGAGAAACCAGCCCCUCACUGUAUCCCGUGAAGCACUUCAGUGACGUGCUCCUUAAACCAGCAGGCUUUGGUGCAAACAGGGCAAGGCCUCAAUAAUUACGGACAUUAUUUUGGCUUUUGGCCACUUAUUAAAUGCUGGGUGGGGAGUGAGGGCCCACCCUCAAAGAUUACAUGAAUGCAAUUUUAUAUUGUAUUAUCACUGGGACGUGUCCAGGAGCGAGUAUUGUACUGUUGCAUAUCAAGCACUCACUGCAUUCUUCACCCCAUUGUGUAUAAUUUGCAUGUGUUACUGAGCAUUUUGACUGAAUCCUAGAGUUUAUGUGAGAAUUUAUACAAAAUAAAUGACGGUGUCUAUUA